UUUGAGAAUGUUGACUUCUAACAACGCCAACCACUUCUUUGAAUGGAAUGUAAUAGAGGUAGGGGAAAUUGGGUCUGUACUUGAACUUGUAUUACCCGUAGUUUCGAGCAAACUAAACCAUGGAUCCUCUUCACUGGCACAAAAUAGCUGCCAUUUCUGGUGUGGCCGCUGUUGGGUUGGGAGCUUAUGGUGCCCACGCCUUCAAACCCCAAAAUGCUGCUUACAAAGAGGUUUGGCAUACUGCAUCUCUUUACCAUUUGGUUCACACAGCAGCUUUGCUUGCUGCUCCAAUCACUAAACGACCCCACGUUUUUGGAGGCCUUUUGAGUGCUGGUCUCGUGGCAUUCUCUGGGACGUGCUAUGCUGUGGCACUUCUUGAGGACAGGAAGUAUUCUACCUUGGCUCCAUUUGGUGGGUUUGCUUUCAUGGCUGCUUGGGCCAGCUUGCUUUUCUAAUCUUGAACUUCAAUGAAAGCUCUAAACGUUAUCGAUAUUCAGUCACUUAUCUUCGGUAUGAACUGGAAACAAUUUUCAUUGUCUAGGCUUUUCCCUUCAUCUUUCUCACUGAUUUUUCUUACGAAAUACCCCAUUUACGUGUGAAUAGUUCAUUAUAUAAGCAUGGAGUUGUCUGCUCUACAAUAUUUCAUACAAAACAGUGAAAACAUUAUGCUAUACAGUGCAUAAAAACUCAGUUAAUUGUUCAAACAAAUCAGUCGAAAGAAAACGUGAGCAUAUUAAAUCAUGUGGUUUACAUGAUUAUCCUUGUUAUCA